AUGCUCUUCCGCUUCCGGGCCCAACAGGCCGCAGACCUAGGUAUCAUCGACAUAGGCCGAACCAGACGCCCCAAGGCCAUCACGACCGUCGAAUCGAUCCCCAUGUGCGAGAAAUGGCGCGGCCAGGUCCUCAAAGAGAUUUCGCGCAAGGUGUCCCGAAUCCAAGAACCGAGUCUAUCCGACCACCAGAUACGCGAUCUGAAUGACGAAAUCAACAAGCUUAUGCGCGAGAAGUGGGCGUGGGAAAUGCAGAUUCGGAAUCUGGGCGGGCCGAAUUAUAUGCGUGGCUCGGGGCGGGUGUAUGAUGACGAAGGGAGGGAGAUUCCCGGCGGUGGGAAAGGAUAUCGAUAUUUCGGACGUGCGAGGGAGUUACCUGGUGUGAAGGAGUUGUUGGAGGCUGCGGCGAGGAGAGGGAGGCCUGCGGAGGAGGAUGAGGUUACGACGGGGAGGGGCGGGGAUAUUGCAACGAAGAAGGUGGAUGCCAGUUACUUUGGCUAUGGGCUUGACGAAGAGGAUGGCACGUUACUUGCAUAUGAAAUGCAAAGGGAGAAAGAGGCGGUAGAGAAGCUACGGAAAAAGGCUGAUAGCGAGGAUGCAGAAGACGGGUGGGAGCCGCUACCUGGAGAUGCUGGGGAUGGUGUUGAAUGGCGACUGCCGUCAUUGGAUGAGGUACAGGAAGAACUUGUGGAUAGGAGAAGGAGACGUCUUUUGGAGAAGAUCUCAUAG